CCAAUCUUUUAUCCUCGUUGCCCUCCCCCACCGGAACGGCCGAGGUCUGUGGCGCUCUUCACUUCGUCGCCUCUGCUCCCUAUUCCCUCUUCGACCUGAUCGCUCUUCGUUUCGUCGACUCGCUCCGCCUCAGCGUUGCUGCUGGCCGUAACGCGUAAGUUAAUUGUCAUGGGCCUUCCAAUUCUUUCUGUUGAUAGUGGAAGUCGUCCUGCUACAUCACCAGAUGUAUUCAGAAGUAAAUUGUCUAAAUCUACAAUGGAUCCAUGGAACCCAUUUGCUUCAGUCACCAUGGGAGAGGAACCAUUUAACUUUUUACGUGCAUUAUGUGAUGGUGUUAUAGCUGGAGCUACUGCUGGAGUUGUUGUUGAAACAGUUCUAUAUCCAAUAGAUACUAUAAAAACUCGGCUGCAGGCUGCUCGUGGUGUAAGCAAAAUCCAUUGGAAAGGCUUGUACUCUGGAUUGGCUGGAAAUCUUGCAGGAGUGUUGCCGGCCUCUGGCAUAUUUGUGGGUAUAUAUGAACCUACCAAACAAAAAUUACUAAAGGUGUUUCCAGAGAAUCUCAGUGCUUUUGCACAUUUGACUGCAGGUGCUGUUGGAGGAGUUGCUGCUUCUCUUAUUCGUGUUCCAACAGAGGUAGUCAAACAAAGGAUGCAGACUGGGCAAUUUACCUCUGCACCUAAUGCUGUUCGCCUUAUUGUUGCUAAAGAAGGGAUCAGAGGUCUUUAUGCUGGAUACAGUUCUUUUCUGUUACGAGAUCUACCAUUUGAUGCAAUUCAAUUUUGUAUAUAUGAGCAGCUUCGAAUUGGAUAUAAAAUUGCGGCUCAGAGGGAGUUGAGUGAUCCAGAGAAUGCUAUAAUUGGUGCUUUUGCUGGUGCAUUGACUGGGGCUAUAACUACACCACUUGAUGUACUGAAAACAAGAUUAAUGGUUCAGGGUUCGGCAAACCAAUACAAGGGGGUAAUUAGUUGUGCUCAGACGAUUUUGAAAGAAGAAGGUCCUGCUGCUUUCUUUAAGGGUAUUGGGCCAAGAGUGUUAUGGAUCGGUAUUGGUGGUUCGAUCUUCUUUGGUGUUUUAGAGAGGUCAAAACUGGUGCUCUCUCAGAGACAUUUUGAUCAGGUUCUGAAACCCUAGGCUACUGCACAACGACAAUGCUGAGAGGAAGUUAUAUCUUGAGCAACCACAUUAGGAGGGUGAUCAGAAAUUUUCUUUCUAGGCAAUGAUCAGCAGCGGUGGUUCUUUUUGCCAUCCAAAUUGUAUUUUUGGUCAUCUAAAGCAUAAUGGCACUAUAUGGUGCUUUGUUUUUGUGAUUAUUACCCAUCUUCCUUAUUUGACACUUUUGGCACUCAUGUUAUGCAAAUCAAAGCUCAAGACCUUUGCAGUGGCAUUAUGGGGUGAGCUUAACCAUGUGCUUCUCAGAUUGACCAUGACAGCAGUUGUUUGCAUGUCAAGAGGUACAAAUGAGACCUUGGCCAUAUUUACUGGUUGA